CCGCAGGCGGUGAAGCAUGCCGUGACAAGCGGUGGUCUGCAGCGUUGAGAGGGAUCCCGACGAGGCGGCUCGGAGUACAGGUGGUUGGGAGGUGGAGGAGAUGACUUGCAGGUGGGGCCGGAGAGGAGAGAUGGCCGAGUGGUGCUCGGGGAAGGCUUUGCGGCCAGCGCUUCCGCGUGUUUAUCUACUCGACGAGCUGGGCGGGCAUAUGGGCAUGCGUUCGAGGGGCACGGGAUGUCAGAGGCCUCGUGUUGCUGGCGGCGCUGUCGCGGGCUGCCCGUCCGGCCUCGACGUUGAAGAUGCGGGCGGCCUUGGCUUGGCAACACGGGAAACGCCAUCAGCCACGGAUGACGACCUGCUUGAAGGAUGCGCGAUGGUCCCGGGGUCGCUGGCGGAUCGGCCUAUCAUCAAGCCUCGCCGAGCUUCCAUCGCGGCAAAGGAUCCGCGACUGAAACGCCGCUUCGGCCGCCACCUCUGGACCGGGGUGCAGCUCUCGCUAAGCCCGGGGUGUUUCCCCUCGAAUGUCAACCACGGACGAGCAAAAUCAGGCAAAGACCGCAGCCCGUGCUUCCAGCUGGUGACAGGCUUCCCCAAUCUUGCGCCCAGGGAAGGAUCCCGAUCGUCUGGAAAGGGGCAGACGUCAGGCCCGCUGAUUCGACCAGCAGAUAGUGCAAGGAUGCGCCGCGGAGUCGACGAUAGGCUGUACCAUUUUGCAGAUAUUCGAUACUCUGGUAUUCCUAUUCGGGAAUGUUGCGCAAGCAACGUCAGUUGUCUCGACGCGACUGCGCCGCUCUCGCCGUAUGCCGCGAGAAUUUGCCCUAACUACCGUCUCGACGAGCGUUCUGCGUGUUUUCCGGGCGCGAGAGACCAGCAGCCCCUUGCUCCAGGAUGCGAAUCAAUCUCCCUGUGGCAGUUUCGAGGUGCUGGGGCACGCCAAUUGGUCACAAAGGCCUUUGAAAUCAAGUGUUCGAGCGACCAAAAAUAGUAAAGG